CUAAGGUUAUUGAAGUGUUACAUCGGUCGACUUUUGCUGAGGCAUCAAAAUGAAACACGUAACAAGGACAACUGUACGUUAACUAUCAGUGUUUCCUUCUCAACACAGACGUAAAGUGCAGCGCGGUAAUCUUUCACAAAGAUGAAGUCACGGAUAGCGGGAAUCGUUUGCCUGUUUCUCCUGGAGAUUGGUUUCCUGACUAAUGCGCAAGGGGUUCCUGGUUUGACGGCCCACUUCAUAAAUGAAACCGCCGUUAAUGUGAGUUGGAAUGCUCCCUCUAGCAAUGAAAAGGUCGCCAGCUAUGAAGUCGUUAUUUUAGAGGGAAAUGCUGAGCUGAACGAUAUAACUGUGGACAAUAGCACACUUUCUGUUAUUAUUUCUUCUCUGGAUUAUUGUAAAUCAUACACGGUGCAAGUGAUCGGAAUCUUGAAGAACGGGUCAGUGAUAACAACUCCAGCACCCGGGAACGUUACCACUUAUCAAUAUAACACUCGUUGCGCCGCACCCUCUAUAGCGCCCAAGACGCAGAAGGUGUACGUGCGCCGUGGCGAUCCAGUAACUUUGAAAUGCAACUACUCAGGGAUUCCAACACCGUCUCUAUAUUGGAGAGUGGAUGGCCCUAGUGCGAAUAAAGAUGUCAGGCAGGGAAAUCCAGUGAAUUUAAUCAACGAUAAUGAUCCCAUGGUGUCAGAAUUUCAGACGUUGACUGUAAAAAACGGAAACUUGCAAAUCUCAAACGUUGACGAUCUGGACAAAGAGAGAGUUUAUAAGUGCGUGGUUGAGAAUCGUCUGGGAAAAGCCUCAAGCAAUGUUACGUUAACUUUGGUCGGAGUUUAUGAGACGGUAGAAAUGAACAUUAAAGUGGAAUGGACCUCAGAAGUCCAAAAGCAUUACCAAAACAAUGCUUCGCUCAACAGCUUCCUUGGUCAGCAGAUUAAAUCAGAGGUGGGAAACUUUUCCUCAAAACUACAGGAUAUGAGAGUGUCAGUUAUUCGCACAGUUUGGAAAGUGGAUGUUGAGAUCAUUAUGAAUCUUUUUAUCAAUGCGACGACGACAGAAGGAGAUCCUUCAGAUGAAAUAGAAAAAGGAAUCCUGAGAAUGGCAGACUCAAAAAAGUUUGGUGUGCUUCCUAUUAAAAGCGUCACUAUUUCAGAUUUACCUCCGCCACCCCCGACAAACUUGAGACUUGAUGACAUCCAAGCUAAAGAAGCCACCAUCACGUGGCAGCCACCACACCACCCUGAAGUGUACGAAGUCAGUGGGUUCACUGUGCAGAUGAAAAAGGUUCUAGGUGGAACUGGAUAUGUCACUGAAAUGUCUGUGGGCGCUGAUCUCACCAAAGCGCAACUGACUAAGCUCGAACCUGAUACCGAGUACCUGGUACGAGUUACGGCACAUAGGGAUAAAAGUGGAAAAAUCGGGUUGUCGCAGCCAUUAGAAAUGACUACCGAGAAAGGCACACAAGUUGUCGCCAUAGUCGUUGGUAUACUUGCAGCAGUUCUUGUAUUAGUCGCGGUGGUGGUUGCUGUUGUGUUUUACCGUAAACGUCAAUUUCCCCCUCGAGACGAAGAAAGAAGGUUUACCUUAGAUGAGUUACAACUAAGGCAAGGGAGAAGAACCUACGGUCCUGCUGGUGACACAAACCCUUACGAGUUUAAUGCGCAACACCUCCAGUUGGCUCAAGUUCCAGAGAACUUCCAUCCAAAUUGGCCUGAAAUCCCGCGGGAUUACCUCAAGAUUGGGGACGAACUUGGCGCUGGAGCUUUUGGUGUCGUAAAGAAAGGAUUCCUAAUGCGAAACAAUAAAGUAAUUGAAUGCGCUGUAAAGAUGUUAAAAAAACACGGAACUGAACUAGAGUUACGAGAUUUGUUCAACGAGCUUAACAUCAUGGCUUCUGUCGGAAAUCAUCCGAACGUGGUGAGCUUGAUUGGAGCAUGCUCAGACGAUGGUCCUCUGUGGGUCGUAGUUAAGUUUGCUGAAAACGGCUGCUUGCUGGAUUACCUUCGGAAGCACAGAGAAGAGAACUUCAAAGACCCUAAUUACGUCAACUUAAAAAACAAGGAUACUGAGCAGGAGGAGUCCAAAGGAAUAACCAAUGCUGAAAAAACUCGCUUCGCGUACGGCAUUGCGAAGGGAAUGAAUCACUUGGCAAAAAUGAAGUGUGUACAUCGGGACCUUGCCUGCAGAAACGUGCUUUUAGGAAAGAACCGCAUACCGAUGGUGGCAGACUUCGGACUCGCUCGUGAUAUCUAUGAAAGUGGGGCGUACGAAACUACAACCGGGGGUAAACUUCCGGUCAGGUGGAUGGCUUUGGAAUCACUGCAAGACUACUCCUAUACUUCUGAGAGUGAUGUAUGGGCAUACGGUGUUGUUUUGUGGGAGAUUGAAACUGGUGCCAAUGUCCCGUAUGCUGCUUUGGGAGGACAGGAGAUUGUUGAAACUUUGAAAAGAGGAGAAAGGUUGUUAAGACCUGAGAGAUGCACUGAUGAAAUAUAUGAAAUCAUGACAAAUUGCUGGCACGCUGACCCAAAGGAAAGGCCAACUUUCGAGGAUAUUGUUAAGCUCACCGAAAGAAUGUUAUUGGAGGAUAGUGACUACUUGGAGCUCGAAGACGAAAUGGCAGAGGAAGGAGACGAAGAAGAAGACGAUACUCCUUAUGACGAAACAUCCUUCCGUCGAAUACCAGAAGAAUUUUUGUCCGAUCCUGAAACAGCAACGCAGAGCUCACAACCAGUCCUGGAGCCCGCGAGUCCCGUCCAGUUUGACGGACAACUUCCUAUAGACAAUGACCAGGAAGGGAAGGAUGAAGGAAAAGGAGAUAAAAAUACACAUUUUUAAUCUAAUCACGUAUGGCUUGAUAGCACAGUGUGGGGGUUAACAUCCUAACUCCCUGGACUCAUUAUCACAUUAGUUGUCAUAACAAUAGAAAUAUAUUAUCUAGCCAGAAGUUUGCGAGAAUUGGCAAUCUAAUAAGUUCAGUAGAUGGUGUUUCCUUUAUAAAACACCUUAUUCAUUAUUUAUAACAAAUCUCUAAGGAAGUCUGUAACAACCAGGAGAGAAAACUAAGGACUAGGUCAAGGAAGUGUAAGGCUAAGAGUUAUCGUCACAUGACCCGCAA